AUUACAAAUAUACCCUAAAUUUAAAAUUAUUCGCUUGAGUGCCUAGGGUUUGUGAUUUGUACAAAAGCAGAGCGGAAGAUUCAGAAAGAAAGGGAAAAAGGAAAGAAGAGGGAAACAAUGAGCCGAAGCUUGGGCAUACCGGUAAAGCUACUACACGAGGCGUCGGGUCACGUGGUAACGGUGGAGCUGAAGAGCGGAGAGCUUUACAGAGGAAGCAUGAUCGAGUGCGAGGAUAACUGGAAUUGUCAGCUUGAGAACAUCACCUACACUGCUAAAGAUGGAAAGGUAUCACAGCUUGAGCAUGUUUUCAUUCGAGGCAGUAAAGUCAGGUUUAUGGUCAUACCUGACAUGUUGAAGAAUGCUCCAAUGUUCAAGCGUCUGGAUGCUAAAAUCAAGGGUAAGAGCUCAUCUCUAGGAGUUGGCAGAGGUAGAGCUGUUGCAAUGCGAGCCAAGGCCCAAGCUGCUGGCCGUGGCACAACAGCCGGUAGAGGUGUUGUGCCAUCUGUUCGUAGAUAACUUUGUCUUGUCAAAUGUUUUCUAUUCUCUUCCGUCAGUAGCAGCGUGCAUCAUCAUAGGUCACCUGAGAAAUGCUUUGAAUUUAUUACCAAGCUUGUACCUCCUCAUACUUGAUGUGAAAGGGUGACUCU